AUGGAGCAUCAUUUAUAUAUAGAAAAAAUAACUGAGGAGAGAAGAAUUCGAGAUGAAUAGUAUAAUUUUAAUUUAGGUUCCUAAGACGCACGUAAAGACUUUUAGAAGAAGAGAAAAUCAAAUAACAAUCCCUUUAGUUAUUAGAGUCAAUGAAAUUAUAAUAAUUAAAAGAACUUUAGGAUUCUCGUAGAUUGUAAUCCAAAUUAAAUAUUUCAUUUAUUCAAUUGAAAUCAGAUGAGAGAAACUAAAAGGUAAAGGAAUAAAAUAAAAGAGUCAAAUAAUUAUUAGAGAAAUUUAGACAAGAAAAAUUAUAAUAAGAAACAUAGGAAAAGUAGUUAGAUGAGUAGAGAGAAGAAGAAAUCAAAUAAAAAUUAUAAUAAAUAAAGGAAAAGUUUAAGGUAUUGACAACUGAUGAAAUAAAAGAACAUUAAAGCUAUUAUAAGAAAUAAUAAGAAGAACAUUAAUAAUAAUUGGCAAAUCUAAGAAUUUAAAAGAAAUUAUAAGACACUUACUUUUCUCAAUAAGUUUAAUCUAGAUUAAGGAGCAGAACAUAUCAAUCCUAACUUUAAAUGAUAAGAGAAGAAGAAUAAAAAAGAAAAGAAAAAGAAGAGAGGUUGCGAAGACAAAUAAAAGAAAGAUUUGCUUAUGAUCAUUUUGUUAAAGAACACUUUUUGCCUAAAAUAUCUCAUAGUAUUGAUUUAGAAAGUCAUACAAUAAUCAAUCAAAAAUCAAAAAAUGAAAUCUCUCCAAUGAAAAGUGAUUCUAAAAUUUUAGGAAAUCUCUACUUGAGAUAGAUAAGAAAAUUACCAAGAAGACCUAGAAUUUAAUCUUAGAUGGUUGUGGAUUAAUCAUCAUCGUCAACAUUAAGGCGAGACUAUCUUUCAGAAAUUCGAUAACAUUCAAAGAGAAAGACACCUUAAGCUCCAAUUGAUAUUAAAUUUCAAGCAGAUAUGUAAAGAAAUAAUAUUAAAUAAUAAAGGUUGGAAAGAGAGUCUAGACAAGCAUAUACAAAAAAUAAACUAAAAGGUGAUUAACUGCUGAUGGAAUCAAUAAAACAAAAAAUGCUAUUGUUAGAAUUAUGA